AUGGUCAAAAUCAAGUUUAAUAAUCAAGCACUAAAGCGAUCAGCAUACUAUCAACAAAUAGAUCAAGCUACUAUAACUAUUAAUGAUCAAGAUUUUCAACUUAGCAGAUCCUAUGCAGUUGCAUUAUCAGAUAAAUUCCUUUCAAAAUAUAUUAACAAUCAACAAUAUAAUCACUUUCAGAUAAAUGUCAAUUUAGAAUCAACUAACGCAUACGAUCUUUUCAAAAGCAUCAUUUCAAACCAACUGUCAGAAUUUGAUUGUGAUGAAGUUGUUCUAAGAGACAUCUUUCAUAUUGGAAUAUUACUACAAAGUGACGACCUAAAAAGUUUAUACAUAAAUAACGUCAUUAACAAAUUACAACCAGAAUUCAAAAAUUCUCUUAAAAUACUUGAAUGUUAUUUCGAGCUUGAAUGUGAAGAUGAGAUGAAUGAAUGGAUUGAUAACGUUGCAUCUCAUUUUUACGAAAUAGAUUUUAAUGAAAUGAAACAAUAUGCUUUAAAACAUGGAUUUGAUAUUAUGCAAAGGAUAUUAAGCAAUCCACAUCUCAGAAUUGAAUCAGAAGAUUUAUUAGCCAGUUUAAUUAUUUCCAUCGCAAAAGAAAAAGAAGAAUUUGCUUCAUUAGUUGAAUAUAUUCAUUUAGAACAUUGCACAGCACAAACUUUCAAAGAAAUCUAUAAUGCAUCAGGAGAAAACAAUUCCAUUAACUUCACAAAAGCUCUUUGCGAUGCUUUUGUUCGCUCAAGGAUUAGUAUUUAUCAGAAAAAGCAUCGAAACAUCUAUAUGAAUUAUUUCAAUUCAGGAGAUGUUAAAAUGCAUGUUUCUUCAACGAGUAAAGGAAAAGAUGAAGAUAUAAAUAGUUAUCAAGAUAAUUGUAUACAUCUUUCAGAUCAGCAAUCCAACCAAUGGGUAUCGUGGAAAAUUAUUUCUGAUAAAGCAAUUCAGCCAACAGAAUACAUUGUUAGAAGUGCACCAGCAAAUGCCAAUUCAGCAAGCCUUCUGCAAUCAUGGGAAGUUGUAGGAACUACGAUUGAAGGAAAGAAGGAAGUGUUAUCAAAAGUUAAUAAUUCGCCUCUUUCUCCAGGAGAAAUUCGUACGUAUUCACUAAAUACGGAUAAAAAAUAUACUUCAUUCAGAUUGACUCAAACAGAUUUGAAUGCUGACGGAUCUAACUAUUUGCUUUUGGAUGUGUUUGAUUUCUCUGGUUAUGUAUUUGAUUAUGAAGACGAUUAA